GCUCGAGAUCGCUCCUUCGCCCUCUUCGUCUCUCCCUCCCUCUCUCUCAUUGCGUGUUGUCGUUAGAGAUCUCUUUCUUCGGAUCGCUCCGGUGUUCGAUCCCUUAGGAGGCAUGGCGAAGCAAGUCACCGACGAGCAAAUCUCUGAGUUCAAGGAGGCCUUCAGCUUGGUCGACGAUGAUGGAGAUGGUUGCAUCACUAGGAAGGAACUUGGGACUGUGAUGCGGUCAUUGGGUCAGAACCCUACAGAAGCAGAGCUGCAGGACAUGAUAAAUGAGGUUGAUGCAGAUGGGAAUGGGACAAUUGACUUUCUUGAAUUUCUCAAUCUGACGGCUCGCAAGAUGAAGGACGCUGACUCUGAGGAAUAGCUGAAGGAGGCCUUUCGAGUCUUCAACAAGGACCUGAACGGGUUCAUCUCUGCUGCUGAGUUGCGUCAUGUCAUGACCAACCUUGGUGAGAAACUGACAGAUAAGGAAGUUGACGAGAUGAUUUGUGAAGCUGAUGUCGAUGGAGAUGGUCAAAUCAACUAUGAGGAGUCCGUCAAGGUCAUGAUGGCAAAAUGAGUCCAUUAAACCUCUUCUAGCAGUUAUCUGGCUAGCUGCAUUUAUGAGAUUGAAGGAAAAUGACUCACCUCUUCCAGUUAAUACUUAUUCAUGGUCCUCGCAUUGUGGUAGGUUGUGUGUGUAUUGGAAUCUUCCUUGUCUUCUUUUUGUUUCAGAGUGCCAUGAAUUUUGCUGGGGUCUAAUUCGUGGAAUAUUUUCU